AUGUCUGACGUAGAUGUGAGGAAAAGAGUGAAAGUUACUUGGAGCGAUGACUUGAGUCAUAACUCAGAAGAAGACAGAGAGCGGGAACGACAAGCACAACUUGAACGAGAAUUAGCUGAACAGCCCGUGAAACCUGUCUACGAGCCAGAUGAACUACAAAAGCUGAUUACCUACAUUAUGAAAAUGACUACAUUGUAUGACCUGAGAGAUGAAGAUUGGAACGAUGACGCAAAGAAAGGCAUUGAAGAAUGGUUGACUGAACCGAAAGCAUUAAUCCUUUGCGUUUAUUUUAAAGGCGAUAAACUUAAAGCCUCAAGUGAUGUUCCAAUGUCUCCUGUCUACGAUUUGACAUAUUUUUUGCGUCAACCGGACUAUGUGUUUAAAGCUGAGACAUUCCAUGAUGAAAUUGUGUUUGGCACUUUCGUCGACUCUGUCGAGGCAAAUUUGAUACAAAUAUUGGAACUUAUGUACGCUCCCUAUUUUUUUGCCAUUACCACAUGGCCAGACAGUGUGAAAAGUGAAUUUUGCUCCCAAUUGCAUACAUUUUUGGCAAAACUAACAGAUAUGUAUUAUAAAAUGCUCGGCCUUACUGUUCUAUACAUCCCACGAGAAGGCCAACAACUAUCUUUCGAAAAGGCGAGCACUAAUAGAGAGCUAGUGAAGAGACUAGAAGGAGUGGUAGUUUACUGGACCCAUCAGAUCAAGUCUUGCAUUGAAGAUCAGUCAUCGGUUGCUUCCCAGAAAGAACUUCUAUGUCCUAGCGAUGAAUAUGAAUUUUGGGUAUACAGGCAUGAGAACCUGAAUGCUCUCGCCCAUCAACUGCAAAAUCCUGCAGUGAAGCAUAUAACGAAAAUAUUAGUUACGACCCAUUCGACAUUUAUUCACCAGUUUCAAUCUCUUUGUGAAGAGAUCAUGCAAAAAAUUAAGGAAGCUACGUCUAAUAUCGAAUACUUGCAAGUGAUAAAACAACCGUGCGCUAUAUUAGAGUGUGUGGUUGAUCCCGACGAGAUUUCAAAUCACAUUCCCACUAUAAUAAAUCUCUUUAGAUUUAUUUGGAUGGAGUCGCCUUACUACAACUCUGAAACUCGCAUUACAAACCUCUUCAAAGCGCUUAGCAACCAAAUAAUUAUUUUGUGCAAGAACUACAUCAAGUUAGAGGAAUUAUUUGAUGGACAAACUAAGAAAGCACUAGGGGAAUUCACUAAAUGCAUUGAUUGUUGUAAGAAAUAUAGAGAGAUUUAUGAUUUAAUGGCAGAAGCCCAUAGCGAAAGAAACCCUGGGACUUGGGAGUUAGAUACCGGCUCUAUAUUUAACUAUAUCGACUCUUUCGUACAGAGAUGUUUCGAUAUGCUCGAUGUAUGUAAUUGUAUGAUUAUUUUUGCGAGAAUUGAUGAGUUAGAAGUCAUCAGUAAGCCUAUGUUUGGUGGAGCCCAUGGUGACCAAUUCGAAGCUAAAUGCGACCAGAUUGAGCACAUGUUUCAUGAUGCCCUGGACAAUGUAAAGGCGGUUGCAAACACUAUCCUGGACGUUCAGGCUCCAUCCUGGUACGAUGAUAUACUACAGUUUCGAACUGUUAUUAAGGAUAUCGAGAUUAUUAUCGAGAACUUGGUGGAAACUGUAUUCGAAGGUGUCAAUCACGUCGAGGAGGCUGUCAUCGCGCUAUUUUCCUUACAUAAUUACUCUAAGAGAAAGAAUCUUAAACGAAUAUUCAAAAGGAAGACUGCAGAUGAUGAAGUACAAGAGGCUAAGAAGGAGACUGUGACUUCUCGUGGCACGUACGUCGCGGAUCUACCGUCCUUCGCUGGUCGAGCGGCGUUGCUUCGAGUCCGCAGGAACAGACUGGCGUAUCUCAAAAAGGUUCUUACUGACGCGUCCGUGUGGAUGAUGCCGUGUAGCAACUCUGAGGACGUAAUAAUGCAUGUCAAUAGAUUAAUGGGAGCCAUGGAUGUGGCCAUCAGGGAGUUGUGGAUUUCUUGGACUCACAAUUUGGACGAAAAAUGUUCGGCUGGUUUGAAUAAAACGUUGAUGCGAAAAAGCGCUGAAAAUCCUGGAUUACUGGAGUGCAAUAUUGACGUGAAUAUCUUAGAACUUUGCAAGGAGGCCAGUCACUGGGAAAACCUUGGUUUGGAUAUACCUUUAUACGCUUACCAGGUCUAUAUGAAAAGCAAGACAGUUUUCUAUGUCUAUGAAAGUGUACUGGCUGUUGUGAAGGGCUACAAUAAGAUCCUAGAUUCCCUUUCAGAAGAGGAGAGACAACUGUUCAAACCAUUAAUACUGGUAAAAUGUAGUUAA